CGCGCGCGCGCGCGCGAGUCGCAGGUCCCGGCGCGGCUUCCGUCCUGGUUAAGAUGGCGGCGCCCGGGGUCCUGUGGAGCGGCAGCAGAGGGUGCCGCCGCCCUAGGCGAGGUCGGGCCGCCCAGCGCGGAAGAACCGCCCCCAGCAGCAGCAUCACCGCCGCUUAGCAAAGAAUUUCAGGCCCCGCCCGGGACGGCAGCCGCACCAUGGAUUCUCCCAGUUCAUCUAACUCUUUCUCCGUCGGCUCCGCCAGUCCCGGCGCUGUCGUGCUCCUCUACUCGAAGGAGCUCAAAAAAUGGGAUGAAUUUGAAGAUAUUUUAGAGGAGAGGAGGCAUGUCAGUGACUUGAAAUUUGCAAUGAAAUGCUACACACCUCUUGUCUAUAAGGGAAUUACUCCUUGCAAGCCAAGUGAUAUUAAAUCUAGUGUUCUCAAUUCUGAAGAAGUUCAUUAUGUCAUUAAACAGCUUUCCAAGGAAUCCCUUCAAUCCGUCGAUGUCCUCCAAGAGGAAGUUUGUGAGAUUUUGGAUGAAAUGAGCCACAAACUGCGUCUGGGAGCCAUCCGGUUUUUUGCCUUUGCCCUGAGCAAAAUAUUUAAACAAAUUUUCUCCAAGGUGUGUGUAAAUGAAGAAGGUAUUCAGAAACUACAACGAGCCAUCCAGGAGCACCCCGUUGUCCUGCUGCCCAGUCAUCGAAGUUACAUUGACUUUCUGAUGUUGUCUUUUCUCUUAUACAACUAUGAUUUACCGGUACCAGUCAUAGCUGCAGGAACAGACUUCCUGGGAAUGAAGAUGGUUGGGGAGCUGCUGCGGAUGUCGGGCGCCUUCUUCAUGCGGCGUACCUUUGGUGGCAAUAAACUCUACUGGGCGGUGUUCUCUGAAUACGUGAAAACCAUGUUGCGGAAUGGUUAUGCUCCUGUUGAAUUUUUCCUCGAAGGGACAAGAAGUCGCUCUGCCAAGACAUUGACUCCGAAAUUUGGUCUUCUGAAUAUUGUGAUGGAACCAUUUUUUAAAAGAGAAGUUUUUGAUACCUACCUUGUUCCAAUUAGCAUCAGUUACGAUAAGAUAUUGGAAGAAAUGCUUUACGUGUAUGAGCUUCUAGGGGUUCCUAAGCCGAAAGAAUCUACAACUGGAUUGUUGAAAGCCAGGAAGGUUCUCUCUGAAAAUUUUGGAACUAUCCAUGUAUACUUUGGAGACCCUGUGUCACUUCGAUCUCUGGCGGCUGGGAGGUUGAGUCGGAGCCCAUAUAACUUGGUUCCAAGGUAUAUUCCUCAGAAACAGUCAGAGGACAUGCAUGCCUUUGUCACUGAAGUUGCCUAUAAAAUGCAGCUUCUGCAGAUUCAAAACCUGGUUCUGAGCCCCUGGGCCCUAACGGUUGCUGUUCUGCUUCAGAACCGGCCAUCCAUGGACUUCGAUGCUCUGGUGGAGAAGACUUUAUGGCUCAAAGGCUUAACCCAGGCCUUCGGGGGCUUUCUCACUUGGCCCGAUAAUGAACCUGCUGAAGAAGUUAUCCAGUCCAACAUUCUCCUGCAUUCCAACAUCGCCAGCCUCGUCAAAGACCAAGUGGUUCUGAAUAUGGACUCCGGAGACUCCGAAGCGGUCAAUGGACUUAUUUUCCAGCAUGUCACCCUCCUCAUGUGCUCGGCUUAUAAGAACCAGUUGCUCAACAUUUUCGUCCGCCCUUCCUUAGUAGCUAUGGCACUGCAGAUGACCCCCGGGUUCCGGAAAGAGGAUGUCUACAGUUGCUUUUACUUCCUGCUCAGUGUUUUUUCAGAUGAGUUCAUCUUCCUUCCAGGAAACGCACUAAAGGACUUUGAAGAAGGCUGUUACCUGCUUUGUAAAAAUGAGACAAUACAAGUGACGACAAGGGACAUCCUAGUCACAGAGAAAGGAAAUACCGUGGUAGAAUUUUUAAUAGGUCUCUUUAAACCUUUUGUGGAAUGUUAUCAGAUAAUUUGCAAAUACCUCUUGAAUGAAGAAGAAGACUACUUCACUGAGAAACAGUACUUGGCUGGAGUUCGAAAAUUCACCAGUCAGCUUCUUGAUCAAGGUGCCUCGCAGUGUUACGAUGUCUUGUCUUGCGACAUACAGAAAAAUGCCUUAGCAGCUUUUGUGAGGCUAGGUGUGGUAGAGAAGAAGAAAGUAAAUAGGGACAGUGUAUUUAAUGUGAACGAACCUGCCAUGACAAAAUUAGAAGAAAUGCUUGGUUGUAAGACACCAGUAGGAAAGCCAGCGACUGCAAAACUUUAAUAUUGCCAAACAGUUACAGGAAAUUUGGUCACAUAAUGGCUGUCAUCCAAGGACUCUUACUCCAACAAACAGGGCCACGAAGGAAGACAGCCACCUGCUCGUGCUUCGUACGACAGGAGAGCCGUGGGCUCGGCAGAGAGGAGGUGACCAGUGUGUGCAGUCGGUGUAGCCCUCUCCACCACGACGGUUACAGAGGCUUUUGUGUCCAACUCUGUGUGUGUUUUAAAAUAAAACGGUCUUUUGGAAACA